AUGGAUGUCAUUUUACCCAAUUUACCACCUAUAACCAAAGGUUGGUGUAUAGCAAUAUUGUCAACGGCAACUUUGAUUUCAGCCAACCGACUUAAGUUGGUUAAUUUGUUAUUCUUUCCCGACAAAGCAUUGACUACAGAACCAUGGCGAUUGUUAACAUCAUUUUGUACAUUUAGACCUUUAUCAAUUGAACUAUUUCUAGAAGUGUUUUAUGCUGCCAGUUCUUGUGGACAAUUAGAAUCGAGAUUCACAACAGAAUUAUCCCUUUUCCCAACUCGUAUAAUUGAUCAAUUCAACCAAAAUCACAGAAAUGCCCGAGACCAAGGACAAGGUCAAAUCCUGCAAUUGGAAUUAUUGAGGAGCUUCAUUGAUCGUAAUAAGUCGAUUGAUUUUUUAUAUUAUGUGGGUCAAAUUUGUUUAUCCAUAAUAGUUGUUGCUUGUUUAAUUCAUUAUAGAUUGCAAUUUACUAUACUUAAUUUAGGACAAAUAUUAUCCCAUUUGCUUAUUUAUGUUGACUCACAAAAGACUCCUAAUGAACAAAUCAAUGUUGUGGGGUUAUUCAGUAUAAAGAAAUCCUACUAUCCGUGGUUAGUGGCAAUAGUCACUAUCAUAUUAAACACUAGUGGUGGUCUUUUAGAUAUUAAUAAUAUUUUCAAUUCACCAUUAGUAUGGACUUAUAUUGUGGCUACCGGGUUGGGACAUUUUUGGUGGAUGCUAAGAGAUGUCUUUGUAUCGUCAAUUCAUUAUGACUCCAAUGAUAGAAGAAGAUUAUUGAAACAAAAAUUGUUAAGUCGACACGGAAUUAUGAAAUUCGAUAUUAUCAGAGAAGGAUUAAUUUGGUUAUUAUUGCCACCUUGGUAUUGGGUAAUCCUCACUAAGAUAAAACAAAGAAGGGCAUAA